AUGGGCCGCCGGGCAGCCGAAACGUCCAAUGCGGUGCCAGCGUUGGAGGUGCCUCUAGCUGAUGGGCGGGCCGUGCUCUCUCAUAAAUGGGGUCCUUUGUGCAGCGUUGGCGUGCAAACAUCGCCGGGACUUCGCUCGCUGCCAUCGUUAAAAAGGCAAACGCAAACCGUCAGCACGACCAACGGACCAGCGGCGGAAACCAUGUCACUGGACCGUAUGAGGCGUUGUGAGGUCAAUGGCAGACACGUCGUCAAGCCAACAUCCAAGAAUGCCGAUAAUCAUUUCGCGCAAGAUCGGACGUCUCAAGACAGCGAGUUGUAUGGUCAAAUCAAAGUCAACCCCAACCAAUCAGGGCUUCGAGGGAGUUUAAAACGAUCCCCUCGGUAUGCUAACGGAAGCAUUGUUGCACCUGAGGCGGUGGGUGGGGUUUGUAGCGAGGGGGCGGAGUCUGAGGAAGCACGACGACAAAAUCAACCAAUUAUGCGGGAUUGUAGACUUGGUCAGUCGUUGAAAGGAGAGGGGUCUCGGCCGGUCACGCACUGUGGAAGCAUUAGCUCAUACGCCACACCCCCUCGGCCCUGUCGUAUGAUGACAUCAUCACCCAGACUGUGCGCCACCUGUGGGCGGCGGCAGUCUCAAGCCCCUCCCUGCAUGGCGCCUGCUUGUCGAAAGCGAGCAGCGAGUCAGGUUCAAACGAGCACAACGCUUCCACCGCAGAAAAUCUGUUCACCGGGACUACGAAAACGAAAUUUCACUGCUGCGCAACCGACGUACACGCAAAUUCCCAACACACCCAAUCAGCAAACACAAAGUGCAGCACAGUACAACUCCCUCCCCUCGCGAUCAAGCAAAAAAGACACGCAAACCAAGACGUCUGACAAACCAAAAACAUGCCAAAAUGACUCAAGUGCACAAAAGACACACAAAACGCAACACACACAAACUCAAGUCACACACACAACCAAAACACAACCUACAUCCCAAGAUGCAACCACAGAAACAAACAAACCUCACAUAUCACCCGUGUGCGCCACAUCUAAACCGCCGCCCCCUUUGCUUUCCAUUGGCUCUGAGGUACAAGCCACACCCACUCUCCCACCCAAGAAUGCCUCCCAUUCAAAACCAACACAGGUUAAAUCCAAACCAGCACCUCCAGAGCUUUUGAUUGGCUCAAAGAUGAAGCCUAAAUCCCAAACCCCACCCACUAACACUGAACCCAAAACUGAGAAACCCACAGACUCCAAGCCCCACCCUAAAGAUGCCCACCAACCACAAUCAGACGAGAUCCCACAAUGCAACGGGGCACCAGGUGUUCUGCACGGCCUGCUGCAGAAUGUAGAAGAGAAUCUGCUGUAUAACCAGGAGAAGAUCAAAGUCCUGCUCAAUGUCAUCCAGGAUCUGGAGAGGAACAAGGCAAUGAGCGAAGGCCGUUGUUCGUACAGAACUGGUCAGGACAUCAACAACUGCUCAACCUGCCAGAAAACAGCCUGCAUCAUAUACAGCGUGGAGCAUGACUUCCGUGUUCAGGAGGGGCGUUUCCAAAGCAUUCUCGAGGCCUUGGAGGCGGAGUAUGAUGUCCCGCCACCUCUCCCAAAGCCCGCCCCCAUACAACCUCGAACAAAGAGCCGCAUCAAGAAACUGAGAAAGAAGUGUUUCUGGUGGCUGUAGCCCCUGACAACACAAAACUACUGGCUGUCACCACAGAGAUACUGUAUACUCUACAACAGCAUGGGUGCCAUGGAAACAUACAAUUGCACUGGAAAAUGCCACUGCUUGAUCUUGUUGACAAGGAGUUCACCAGCCUCACUGUUGUCAUGGAAAUACAAUAAUGAUUAUUAUAUUGACGGAAACCAGCUUCCAAAAAUAACGUUACGACCCCAAGUUUUCCCAAGUUAAAACGAUUUACAUUUUAGAGAGGUUUCCUCUUUGAAUUAAUUGUUGCAGUGUGACAAACAACUCAAAGAAAGGACAAAACCAGAAGAGCAACUGACAUCCUGAAAACUUGAGGACAAUUAAAAAUCCAAGGAGACGCACUAGUCAAUAAAUGCCCUUCAUUGGAUCUGACAGAGCUGGAAAGCAGUCGAUAUCCCUCUUUACGAUGACGGACAGAGUGUUAGCCUAAUGGAGACUCGCUGUCUCAAUGCAAGACAUCUCAUUGCACCAUUCUGACCUCAAUUUGUGGAUGGCUUGUGUCACCGACUAAUGAAUGUCAAAAGCUCAGUUUCAACACCUAGUGAGCUGCCUACCUAGACAGUAUUUAAGCAACAUAGACGUGCUCCUGACAUGAAGACUGUUCCAAAAGGUAGGCAGCAAUAUUGUUUUGCCCUUUAAAGUAGCAUAUUUUUGUCAGAUUACAAGGCAGCAUUGAAUGGAUCGUUCACUGUAAAGGCAAUCUGAGAAUGCAACUCCAUCUUGGAGCAUUUCAAAUCAGUCACUUGAGAUUUGGGUUAGGGUGCAGUCUUAGAUGAUAGCUGCUUAUGUAGGCAGUAGAGAAGGAAGGAAGCUUGGUAGGUUUUGGAACAGAUCCUAAAUGUAUCAAAAGUUGAAGAACAGAAUUCCAGAAGUUCAGUUGAGCUGCAAUUCUAGAAGCGGAACAGAAUUAUGAUGUAUUAUGGAAUGGCACACAUCAUAUCGGAAUUACCGUAAAUACGAGAUUCUGACUCUUAAAAAGCGUUGACGUCUUUGUAGAACUCAUAAUUACAACUAAGAACUACAUGAAAGCUCUGACUAAACAGUCAUGACAUCAUGUAAAAAGAACCAAUAUGGCAGCGGUUAAUGGUCAAAAGGUAAAGAACACAUAUUUCUGUUUGAUAAGCCAUUUUAUUAUGCCAUUUUUACCUGGAGCACUUUCUUGAAAAUAUUUUGCAACCAAAUAUAGAGGUAAAUAUUUCACUGUUCUCAACAACCAAACUGAAGUAGAAUCUCCAAGUAGCCAUCUAGUAAUUACAGUAAUUCUGACACGACAUGAACGUAGCAUUAAUUUUAGAAUUUUACUUGUUUGAUGAAAACGGCCAUUGGAGAGAAAAGGCCACGUCCACACUAAAAUGUUUUCGUUUGACAAUGCAUUCAUUUUAUUAAAUUUUUGCAUCUCAUCCAGAGUGGAACAGCAUUUUCCAUUACCGAAAAUUGGAUGUUUUCAAAAAAAAAAAAAAAAAAAAAAAAAAAAAAACUCUCCAUUACCGCAUACUUUGGAAAGCGAUGACAUUCAGACACUGAAAACGGAUUAGUGUGGAUGUGGUUAAAGUGUGACUAAGGGGCCGUUCACAAAGGUUGCGUUCUUGCACACAUCUGCUCUAUUUAUAAAUUGUUCUCCUAUGUAAACAUGCUGUAUGGAAGGUUUUGACCGUUGCGAUGCAUCACGCUAUUAUUUGCCAUUUUGCGGCAUGAGAACCAUAUUUUUAAGACUCAAUGUGUAGUUAACAACAAAAACACAUCUCAAGACCCCAUCAUUCUGUUCUAUUCCAAAGUGCUGAAUCUAGCUGUUUUUGAAACCUAGAACAUGACCGUGAAUGGCCCCAACUGUUGCAUUCACCUUUUGUUAAAAUUAUCAUAAUUACAAGAUGACAAAUCAGAGAUUCUACUUAGUGAUCGGAGCAAAGUGAUGUCAAGAGUACCAGUACUUAAGUACCAAGUCGAUACUAAAUAAAAAAGAUGAAAUGAUACCAGUGUUUCUACAGUACCAGAAUUGCAGAGCACCGACUUAAUUUGGUCUGAUUGACACACGACAGCUUUCAAAUGCUCACACGCUUAUUUGAACGUGUGCUCUGUUACUCCUUUUACAAUGAAAUAGACAAUUUAACAAAUUAAAAUCAUGAUAUGUCCUAGUGUGGUUAUUAAACAGCCAAAGGGUGGAAUCUUAGUCUGCAUGGGCUGUGUGCUUUAAAUGAAUGUGUGAAGUCGACCGCUCAUACACUGGAAACUCCACAGACAUCGAGAAACAUUUGCGUUGUAUGAGAUGACAAAGCAGAGCACUAAGCUACUGUGAAGCGCGCAGCACAUAUACGUUUUAGAUUUAUAUAAUUAAAUCACAGCAUUUGUGCUUUGAUGGUCACACUGAGCCAUUUAGCGAAUGUUUAACUGGAAAAGUGAAGCUUCUGUCAAAAACACACGUUAAAAUAAGAGCUUGAUUCAAAAUAAAAGCUAGACGCCUGAAAUUGAAGAAUUUGCAACAGAAAUAUAUUACAAUUGUAUAGUAAUAUUUACUAUUCAUUGCUGUAAUAUUAAUAAAAAUAAAUAAUGAUUAAUAAAUAAUAAUAAUAAUUAAUCAAAAUAACACAAAGAG